AAGCCCACCCAUGGGGCGCUCUGAUUGGCUAGGGGGGCUUCUGUUUGUUGUGAGGGGACGGAGGCCGCCAUCUUUUUCCCGGACUUAGAAGCUGCAGUAACCGAAGAAGAAGGGGGGCUCGGCGGAUUGUAUGGAAGCUUAGCAGCCUCGUCUAUUACCGCGGCGGCAGACUUCUAGCCCUCGGACCGGCGUCCUCGGAGAGUGUCCGCUUUUCGUGGCUCUGGCGGGAGGAUGAACGGAGGAUAAAUGGUGCCCAAACCGGACAGCGGCACCUUCCUCCUCCUCUUUCUGCUGGUGUUAACCCUGACCGAGCCGCUGAGGCCAGGUCAACGAAUAGCUCUCGCAAGACUGCAAUCAGAACUGCGCUGUACACCUGUGCAGUUUGCCUGCCACAGCGGUGCCAUCCAGUGCAUUCCCUUGAACUGGCAGUGUGAUGGAUGGCCAACCUGUGAGGACGAGAGCGAUGAAGUUAACUGUCCAGGUGUGUCUGGAGACCAGAGAAUAUAUCAUGGAAAGGAGGCUGUGGAGACACGACAUGGUCGGGUUAGAAAUGGGGAAACGCCACGAUUCCAUACGGUGAACUUUGCCCAGCCUGUGCGCUUUAGCAGUUUCCUAGGAAAAUGCCCAUCAGGAUGGCACCACUAUGAUGGAACAGCAAGCUGCUAUAAGGUGUACUCCUCUGGAGAAAACUACUGGGAUGCCGUUCAGACAUGUCAGAAAGUGAAUGGCUCACUGGCAACAUUUACCACAGAUUCAGAGUUGAAAUUCAUUUUGGCUCAGGAGUGGGACAUGGAAGAAAGGCCAUUUUUAAGAAAGGACCAGCGACGGUUGUGGGUGGGUUACCAGUUUGUGGUAACAAACAGGAACCAUUCUGUGGAGGGACACUGGGAGGUUGCUUAUAAAGGUUCCUCUGAAGUUUUCUUGCCCCCGGUGCCCAUAUUUGGUUCAGCAAUGUCUGAGAAUGAGAACAUAUUGUGUGCACAGUUGCAGUAUUUCCAUCUGCCUUCUCUACGGCACCAUGGCCUGCACAGCUGGUAUGCUGAGAACUGUUACGAAAAGUCGUCCUUCCUGUGCAAGCGCAGUCAGACUUGUGUUGAUAUCAAGGACAAUAUUGUGGAUGAGGGCUACUACUUCACUCCUAAAGGGGAUGAUCCAUGUCUGAGCUGCACUUGCCACAAUGGAGAACCUGAAAUGUGCGUAGCUGCUCUAUGCGAGAAACCACAGGGAUGCCAGCAAUAUCGCAAGGAUCCCAAAGAGUGCUGCAAAUUCACUUGUCUUGACCCAGAUGGAAGCAGUCUUUUUGAUUCAAUGGCCAGUGGUAUGCGUCUGAUUGUGAGCUGCAUCUCCUCUUUCCUCAUCCUCUCUCUGCUGCUUUUUAUGGUUCAUCGGCUGCGUCAGAGACGGAGGGAACGCAUUGAAUCUUUAAUUGGAGCCAACUUGCAUCACUUUAACCUGGGUCGCAGAAUGCCUGGCUUUGAUUAUGGACCUGAUGGAUUUGGUACUGGUCUCACCCCCCUUCACUUGUCUGAUGAUGGAGAAGGUGGAGCUUUCCACUUCCAUGAACCUCCUCCCCCUUAUACAGCCUACAAAUACUCCGACAUCCAACACCCUGAUGAUCCUCCACCACCAUAUGAAGCAUCGAUAUGUCCAGACAUCAUACUGUGCUCAACAACAGAUCAAGUGACUCGUCAGUCUACUGUUUUGGGUCAGCUCUCAACUGCUAGCAGCAGCAAUGCCUCUUCACCUCAAACUACAGAAGAACCACUGCCACCAUCAGGCCUGCAACUGCCACAACCACAAGAAGAAAGAGAAGAUGCUGAAGGCAGUUCACUCCUUGUGGCCCCCAGUAUUUUGCAAAGCGAAGCCUUCUCCGGCCCUGGUCAAACAGGACCCUCGCCCAGUAACUGUUCUCUGAACACUGUUGUUUGAAGGAGGAAGAAGAAAGAACAUGCGAUCCUGGGAAUGAUGUAUGAUCAAUGCUGUUGGAGUGCCGACCUGAAGAACUGCUGGGAACUUUUUAGUACUUAUUUCAGGAUGCUUUCAGAACAAUUUUUUUUACCUUAGAAUGUUUUUUUUUUGCCUCCCCUUUAACCCUUUUGCUACCUAAAAUGUUUCUGCCAUUUCACAAAGCUCCCCAGGCAGAUCAUUUGAUAAAUAGGCGGUUUACAUCUUGUCUUUCAAUUUGGUUGGUUUAUCAUGUAAAUAUUACAUUUCAAGUGCUGCACUUUCUCCAUUCCCACCCUAGAGUGUAUGUGUGUGUGUGUGAGAGAGUGAGAACGACGGUAUCUUCUGUAGAGUUUUUAUACAUAUUUUGGGAUUGUAUUUUGCUUCUUUUGGACACUUGAACAACUUGCAAUAAUCAAGCAAGAACUGCAGUCAUGGGACCCUUGAACAUGCUGUAAAUUGAGCUCCAGCACGAUGGAAGUUGCAAAGAAGUGCUCGAUGAAUUUCAGGACAAGCGACUUGUUUGGCGUUCACUUUGAGGUGUUUCAUUGCCAUGAAGUCUUUGGCAUUAAUGGAUUUGUUAUGGAUGGAAUACUUUUCCCUUAUCCCUCCCAAGCACGCAACAAUAUAUUUGUGAGACCUUUUGUAUGUGUGACAAAACUUGCAUCUAUUUGUAGACUUCCAAGGAGUAGAUGAUAUCUACAGUUGGGACCAGGAGCUAUUUUUUUUUUUUUUUGUUCCAUUAAAGAUAAAGACUCCUUUUCACUCCUGCUUUGAAAAUAUUAUAGAUGUCUACAUUUAGUGUCCCUUUUGCCUUAGUUGAAGCGAUACUCCGCUAUCUCCAAACAAAGUGGAUCAUUACCAUAUCACUGCAUGAUGACAUGAGAUGUUAUGUCUGACCUACUGGAUUGGUGCGAGCAUUUCAGUUUGGAAACACUGCCAAUUGGUUACAGGAGAGAUUGUCCUAGAACUUUUCAUUUUCAUUUCACUUUUACAGUCCUAACAAUUAAAUAUGUGGUCUGUUUUGGGAAAAAAAAGUUGCAUUUAAAAUGUGGUUUCUUCCAUCAACUGUUAUUACAAAAGAAAAAUCUACUUAAAGGAGCAGUUUUGCGUACAUAAAAAAAAAAGGGGGGGGGGAACCUUCACACUUACCUCUAUGCUGCAGCAUCGGUGUCGCCUCUAAGGUGGUCAAGUAAUCACUCGGUUCUCAACCUAUUUCCUCAGUCAGCUCAGAGUGGAGAGCAGUGACUGUCAAUCACUGCUCUCUGCCUCCAGCACUCGCUAGGGUGCUGGGCAGGAGAGGGGACAGGCGUGACUGGGUCUGGCUUUUAACUGCGAGCUGAGGGCUCUGGAGCCAUCUGUCAAUCAGGCAGUUGUGUGCAUAUUGAAAAAUAUGAUCGGGAUCUUUCAGAUGCCUGGAGCGGCUCUGUGAUGUCAGCUGAUCGCAGGCAAUAGCCUAAUAUUGGCUGACUGGGUCACAGGAGAACAAAAGUAGGUGAACUCCUGUGACCCAGAAGCAUGGCCAAAAAAACCUUUGGCCGUACUUCUCUUUUAAAGUAGCAUGUGCUUGUCAUUUACUGUUGAAAACAGAUGUAAUGUUUUCUGCUUCUUACCAUGAAGGCACAUUUCUAAUACUACAAAUUGCUAAGUGAUAGCAAUGUGUUGUUUGCUGUACCGAUUGCCAUUUUCAGCUUUGAUAUUGUUGUUUUAAAAUGAGGUUUAGUAUAGCAAAUAAUGAUCAUUAUACCUUAACGAAGUUAAUCGAGCCUUGGCUCUUUUAAAACCUCUCUCUUUCAUACUAACCCCUGGAUUAUGUAGGUUUUGUCACCAUUUAAAAAAAAAAUGUUAUGUUCAAAGAGAACGGCUAAUUGGGCUAUUUAUAGUGGAACUGAAUUAUCUUUAAGCGGUAAAUCGAUAACCCCCAAAUGGUGUGUCCACUACUGAAGGAGACGCACACUUGCUUCUCUGAGAACUUCUUGAUGAUGCUUGCCUGUUGCUGAAAUCUUUAGAAUUCCUGUGAGCUGUACUUGCACUAUUUGCCCAUCAUUAACUUCAUUGGUUUGCCUGUCUGAAGCUGGCAGAAUGGCUUUCCAUUAAAGGGAUACUAAACACAUGGUUUAAUUUAUAUUAUCCCUUCUAUUUCUCUAUGUGGAUGAUGUGACUAGUUAUUUACAUUUAUUUAAAAAAUCUAAGUACCCUUUUCCUACUUGAUAUAUAGCUGUCACGUGACCCAGAUCUUUCUCAGCCUGUCUGCAGGGAAACAUAACUAGCAGGAGUUUUUAGUCCCCUGCUACUGGUCACAUGUUCAAAAUAAGAAAACAACCUUUGGAAUACAGAGUACAAAAAAAUAUUAUGAAUAAACGGUUUUAAAUUGGCAUGAAAUAUAUAUUUGAAAUCAGAUCGUUUUUAUUUUGUGGCAAUAACAUGGUGUGGGUGAAUUUCUGUCAGUCACAUGCUGUGUCAUGUCCCUCCAUCCUAUGUUUUAGAAUAACAGGGAGGUGAGGCCACCGUUAAUCUACAUGUAUUAUGCCACCCCUGAUUGUAUUUAGCUGGUUAGUGGGCAUGGAGGAGGAGAGAGGCUGUCAUUUACCACUGUGUAUACUAAAAAAAAAAAAAUAAGCUGCGCUGUGUAAGAGAAACGUGUAGUGACAUAUGUUCCCAUAUACCAUGCAUCAACAUCAAUUGGGGCUAUAAUGGCUCCCAGUCUACUGAUGAUAAUAAUAAACAAUUAACUAUAAUGCUCCAAAGUUGUGCAUAUGAAUCACAAAUAAAAUUAAUAAACUCGAA